CCCCUGGGCAGGACGAGGUGCAGAGCAAGUCUGAGCAGAAUUGUCCCCCCUGGGCGGCAGGACCCCCGAGCACAUUCUUGGGCAGAUUGGUAUUGCAUUGUUUCCACGGAGGCGCCGGCCAAUGAGAGCGCACCGCCCUGCUGGCCACGCCCCCACGGCCAGGGUAUAAGUAUGGCACCGGCCACCAAGCCCUCUGUAUCCUCCAAGGGUCCUGCUUCAGUGAAUCCUGCACAUCCAGCCUGCCAACAUGAUGUCCGGUGCCUCUUUCAACUACGGCUCAAGUGCCCGCUCCACGAUGCCCCUGGUGUAUGGUGCCUCCUCUUCUCUCUCUCUCCGCAGCGGUGCAGGUGCCCUGGGUGGCCAGAGAUCCCACAGCUUAUAUGGGGGUACCAGCGGCAGGGGUGCCCGCAUCUCCUCUGCCUCUGUGUCUGGCGUGAGGUCCUCUGCUGGGGGCUUCAGUUCAGCUUCUGGGGCCUUUGGCUCGAGUGCCGGCAGCCUCAGCUUUGGGGCUUUGAACCUGGAGAGUGGCAGCGCGGCCAUCAACGCCAGCGGCAAGGAGACCAUGCAGAACCUGAACGACCGACUGGCCUCCUACCUGGAGAAGGUGCGCUCCCUGGAGGAGGCCAACGCCAAGCUGGAGAAGCAGAUCCGGGAGUGGGGGGAGAGCCACACUGUGGUGACCCGGGACGUGACCAGCUUUGACUCAAGCAUCGAGGACCUGCGUGCUCAGAUUCUGGCUGCUUCUGCUGUCAACUCAGGUCUCCUCCUGCAGAUCGACAAUGCCAAGCUGGCCGCCGAUGACUUCAGAGUCAAGUACGAGAACGAGUUGGCCAUGCGGCAGUCUGUGGAGUUCGACAUCGCCGGCCUGAAGAAGCUCCUCAGUGACCUGACACUCGGCCGCUCGGACCUGGAGAUGCAGAUUGAGAGUGUCAAGGACGAGCUGCUCUUCCUGAAGAAGAACCACGAGGAGGAGAUGACCUCCUACCGCUCUCAGCUGAGUGGCCAGGUGCAGGUGGAGGUGGAUGCAGCACCCAGCGUGGACCUCAACAAGGUCAUCGAGGAGAUCCGAGAGCAGUAUGAGGCCCUCGCUGCCAAGAACCGCCGUGACGCCGAGGUCUGGUUCCAGAGCAAGGCCGAGGCCAUCCAGAAGCAGGUGACAGAGAGCAACGAGACGCUGGAGACGAGCAAGAUGGAGAUCAAGGAGCACAAGCACACCAUGCAGAGCCUGGAGAUCGAGCUGCAGUCGCUGCUCAGCACCAAGCAGUCCCUGGAGGCCAGUCUGGAGGAGACCAAGGCCCGCUACGCUGCUCAGCUGGCACACCUGCAGGGCGUGGUGGACAGUCUCGAGGCCCAGCUGGCACAGAUGAGAGCAGACAUGGAGCGCAAUGCAGAGGACUACCGCAUCUUGCUGGACAUCAAGACCCGCCUGGAGCUCGAGAUUGCAGAGUACCGGCGCCUGCUGGAUGGCGAGGAUGGGCGAAGCAGCGCAGAGUUGUCCUUCAGUGCGGGCACAGGUGAGGCAUCAAGCACAACAACCAAGAAGGUGGUGACCGUGGUCCAGGAGAUGGUGGAUGGCAAGGUGGUGAGCUCCUCGUCCUCCAGCUCAUCUCACGUGGUGCAGGGCAAGCGUUAAGUGAUCAGUGCCAGGCUGCGUGCCCCUCAACUUCAAUAAAGCCAAGAGCAAAUUAAUGAA